CAACUCGCACGCGCCCGCUAUCAGUUGAGUCGUUGCGUUGCUAGCGUUCGCAGUGGCAGCUUGUGGGCAAAGUGGAGUGGAUUUUUCCGCGAGUGCUUUAUUCAUCCCAUCGGAUCGUAGUAGACGUACUGUUUUGCUGCCAGUUCCGCGACACGUUCGUCCAGCGGGCAGGCCGAGAAGGCAGGGGUACGUUGAAAGUAGAAGUGAGGAAGGAACCACCUUCCUCAUAAGGUGAAACUUUUCUGAUCGAGUUACCCAGUUGGCCCAGUUGGUGCUUACAGUUCGAGUGGUGGUAAAUUGAAAACAAAACAGGGGCGAAAAAAAAAACUAAAUUAAAGAACGAAAAGGUUCACCGUGCGGAAUGUGUCACAUGCUGGGAAGGAAGGCUGCCCAAAACAGGUGAACCGGGCAGAUAAGCUAGCGGCAGCAAAGGCAAGCGCAAAAGUUUAAAUCUGCUCUGCCCCCGAUGUGUCUCCCUCCAACCUGUCAAAGAUUGAAGCAAGGUAAAGUAAGUGGGGAAGUAAAAGACACGCACCACCGGAAGGAUUUACCGGAAGUGGAGGGAUCGGUGGAAGUGAGCGAGCGGAGUGAGUGUGUUUGAUUGCCGGCAAGCAGUGUGACAAGUGGAACAAGCAAAGUGGCACAUUAAGUGGGACAGAAAGGAACGGUUUGAGUUUGAAGAGGAGGGAAAAACUCGCGACUGUUUAUUUAUAAACAUACGGACCGAGGUAAACAUUGCUCUCUUUUGGUGCUUUAUAAGUAGCUAAGUUUUGUAGCUACUUUUUUUUGGCAAAGUUUAGUAAGUGAAAGGUAAUUUACCUGCAAGCGGAGGAGUUUUGUUUAAAAUAAUUUCACGUCGUUAGCGGGAUAUCAGCAACGGUCGUUUCAAAAGCAACCAAAAAAACAGCAUCAACGCCUGCUGGGUUGUUUUAACUCGUAAAGAAAACGUUAACCAAAAACGCCAUCCAAUAGAGAGCAGCUGUCAUGUUGUGCGUCCCAUGUUACUGUGAUGAUUAACGUGCACAUCGUGUUCGGUUGUUUGCGGCUGUAGCAGAAAGGUUCGCGCGUCCUUUGCACUACUCAUCUAAUCACAUCGUAAAAUUUUAACCGCAAAUUUCGUAACCGGCACACAGUCGGACGAGCUACAUUCAGGCGGCAGCAGCAGCAGAAGCAGUCGUCCGAACGAGCUACCACAGUUUCGGCCAGUGCAGCACUGUUGAUAACAGGUUCGCUCGGCAAAGCCUCCAACAGCAAGCCGGCAAUCGGAGCGGUGGUGAACGAUACCCCACCGCACCAGCUGGCGGGCCAGUGGGAGUGGUGCGUGAGAACUUUGCACACCCAUCGCCUCCGUCCAUCGCGGGGGCAGGCAGCAUGUUCUUCUUUCUGUUCUUCGCAUCCGAUGGGUGCAAAAAAGUGUGUCACAUUUUAUCGCAACUGGUCGCCGCCUGCCUCCGGAAGUAUCGCAGCGGCGGCGCCAACGGCCAGUGGAUAGGGGUGAAAGUGUAAGGUUGUAGCGCGGGUAGCGCGCAUCUUGUAGCGCUCGAUUGCGGAAGUCGGCUGCGUUUGACAUCGCUACGCACGGAUCUCAGUAGUCGUUGGUUCGUCGUCGAGGUGCGUUGUCGACCUCUUAGCGCCUCGCAGCUUCUUCAGUGGUUCAGUGGUGGCUUUACUCUCCGCUGGAGAGUCUUUAAAGCCUAUCCGAAGGAGUGGCGGUGAAAUUGAGGCAGUAGUGUUCAGUAGUAGCGGAGUGAAAGGGCGCGUGGCUAGAGUAAUCCUUUACCAUCAGUGCGGUUGGGAGUUUACUUCGCUCCGGAAGCAGCGCGUGGGCACAGCAAGAAGUGAGAAGAAUCUGAACGUCCGGUAUUAUUCAUUCCGGGCGCUAUUGUGUGCGCGAGUGUGCUUAGUACGUGGGUGCACAAAUGAGCCGUGCCUGAGUGUGUCCUUUGUGUGUGUGUGUGUGUGUGUGUGUGUGUUUCGCGAACGUAUGAUUAAGUGCACAGUGCCGUGGUUUCGAAGGUCGAAUCCGAGUGCCCGCGCUGUCUGGGACGGAGCGCUUUAGUUCAAGUGGCAGUGUCAGUUUGGCAAACGUUCCGCGCGUCCGUUGUUGUGCGGUGUGAUUUCCGCCAACCCUUGCGUGUGUGUGUGUGCACGUGAUAGAGAAACCGACCUCUUUCCCCUGAGUUCGUUCGGUGGAGCUGGCGCUGCUGCCACGUAAUCAAAAGCCACAGUACCAGAGGUCGGCACACAAGUUGGCUGUGUAAAAUCGCCAUCUUUAGUGCAGUAGUACGUCCCGCCCAACACAACCAACACGAGCGAACUAGACGAGCGUGUGAGUGUGUUUCUACUCUUUCACUUCCAUUUCCUUCCUUUUUCCCUCUCACUUCCUGCUGGUCUCAAGGGAUUUUGCUAAAAGCACUGUAGUGCCCGGCACGUACCAAACACGAUUCGUUCAUUCAUUCCGACUGAAGCCGUGUAUGUGCCUGUGGCUGUGAAGCUCCACUCGAACUUAAGGAAAUGAAAAUUUCAUUACCCCCAAAAGAACGGAGCAGGAAAUAAAUGGAAAUUGAAAUGUCAAUCGUGAUAGCCCCGAGCGCACCCGCAACCAUCAUUUGCAACCGUUCGACGUGAAGCCUUUAGCUAGCGGUGCUGUUUUUUUAAACAUAUCAACACCAUCGCCAACUCUUCCCUUCCCCUUGCCCACCGCACGCCCUCCAAUCGUGGGAUGGAACGUGCCGAGACGCGGGCAGGGAAAAUGAGCACCCGCAAGUCAUCUCCAUCCGCCGGGGAAGCGGUGGCACCGAAAACUGCUGACCUGUCAUCGACACCGUCCGUGGCGGCAGCAGCCGCCGCACCAUCGCGCCGCUCGAACCGGAAACCUGCCAAAAGGGGAAGCCCCACCGCCGAACAGUAUGCACCGGCGAAACAGCACACCCCGACCACGCUCAGCCUCGGCCAGGUGUACGUCCUGCUGGCGGUACUGCUGGUCGGUAUGUUCGUGCUGUCGGCGGCCCUGCUCGCCUACGUCGACCGGCGGCUACCACCGGCCGAGCUGCACCGCCGGACGACCGCGUCGCUCGAGGAGGACGUGCGCCGCCAGGUCGAAACGAUCCUGAGCGACUACUGGAAGAGUAACAUCGAUAAAUUGAGUGCGGAUCUGCUGGCGCAUGCGAGACGAGCCGCGCCAGAACUUAGCAGCACUUCUUUGCCUUACUUAGUAGCGAAUCAGAGAGUACAAAACGAGCGGAAGCUACCACCGUUCCGGGAACCGUCCGGCCGCCCGAAGCGUGAUCUGAGCCUGUUCGAUGAUAAUCUGGUCCCGGAUCAGGAAGGUCCAAAUGUGGAGUUCUUCAAUCCGAAGCUGCGAUCCGAGCUGGAGAAAAAGGAUGCAGAUAUUAUGAAGAAGACCGGCCUGAAGGGUGCAGCCCCCGGUGGCGAUAGUUGGGUUUGGCUGACGAGCUAUUCUCGCAUUCCGUUCGAUGCCAUCACCGGCUUUUGCCGAGCGACGAAGGAAUACUGCCCACCCGGACCACCGGGACUGCCCGGCAUACCGGGCCCGAAAGGAAAUCGGGGCGACCCAGGCCUGCCCGGCCCGCCCGGCGUCGACGGGCGCGAAGGUAAACCGGGCCCGCGCGGUCCAAAGGGUGAGAUUGGCUAUCCGGGCAAUCCGGGGCUGGAUGGACGGGACGGUGUACCGGGUGAGCCGGGGCUGGACGGUGUGCCGGGACGGGCCGGCGCGGAUGGCAUCCCGGGCAAAGAUGGCAAGGAUGGAAUUCCCGGUAUCGAUGGGCGCAACGGUAUCGACGGCAAGGAUGGAUUAGCAGGCCCGAUCGGACCGGCGGGACCGCCCGGACUGCCUGGACCGAGAGGCAUCCACGGACCGAAGGGCAAACAGGGCCGACCGGGCACGAACGGUACGCCCGGCACGCCGGGCAUCAACGCGUGGAAGGUGAAGGUGAACGAUACGUUCUCGAACGAGCUGCUCGUACCGCCGUCGAUUGCCGGCGCCGGCACGGUGGAAGCACUCCGGCCCAUCAUCGUCCACGAGGGAACGCACCUGCGGCUACGGUGUGCCGCCACCGGGACACCCAGACCGCACGUCGAAUGGCGUCGCGCCGAUGGCAAAACCAUCUCCAACGGUGCAUGGGAAGCCACAUCGAUGGCCGGGCACACGCUCAACAUAACCAAAAUCAAUCGCGUGCACAUGGGCGCGUACCACUGCCUGGCGGACAAUGGCAUCUCACCGCCGGCGAACCAGACGUUCAACAUCGAGGUGCAUUUCCCACCACUAAUACGGGUGAGAAAUCAAAUGGCGUACGCCGUGAACGGCUCGACGGUAACAUUUGUCUGCGAGAUCGAGGCGUUCCCCGAGGCACUGAAGUACUGGGAACGGUUCCCUGGUGGACGACUGCUCGAGCCCGGUGAUAAAUUCCAGAUGGAAACCCAUUACGAUGGGUACAAAUCAGUCAUGCGGUUGAACAUCACCAACAUCCGGCCGUCCGAUUUCGGCGAGUAUCAUUGUGUCGCGAAGAACGAGCUCGGCAUGACGGAGGCCGAGUUUCAUCUGAUGGAGCACUCGCCGUUCAUCAUCCGGCCGCCCGGCUCGACCGACAUCAACGUGUACGGUACGAAGCCGCCGGAAAAGGAGUCGUACGAGGACAUCUGCGGCCCGCCGACCACCUGCCCGGAGUGUCCGGAUCCGAGGGACUUCAAAUGCAAGGACACGAUCGUUUCGCUGUACGACCUGGUGGGCAAUCUGGAAAUCAAACCCAUCGGGAAUGUGAGCUUCACCGGGCUGCCGAACCGGACAACCGACUGUGUCCUGUACGCGGUCGGUAAGCCGGUCUACCACAAGUACACCGAGCAGCUGUACGGUGCCUGGCUGAAGGAUCCGGCCGCACGGAACGAUGCGAUGGAGAAGAAGGUGUGGGCCACCAGGGAAAACGACACCCAUCGGCUGUUCGAGUUCGCCAACAAAACCACGUACCGGAACAACGUGGCCACCAAGACGUACCGGUUGGAGCGUCCCUUCCGGGGAAACGCGCACGUGGUUUACAAUGGGUCUUUCUACUAUAACGAGCGUAACUCGCCCCGCAUCAUCAAGUACGAUCUGAACGUGGAACGACAGACCGCAAUGAACGAGCUGGAGGGUGUCACCACGAACGGUUCCAAUUAUCUGUACACUACCGAAAUUAAUUACAUGGACUUCAACGUGGACGACAAUGGACUGUGGGUAAUUUACGGGACGCCCGAUUCGAACAACACAAUGGUUGUCAAGCUCAACGAAAACAAUCUCACCGUACAGUACGGGUGGAACAUUAGCGUAAAUCAUCACAAGGUGGGCGAAAUGUUCAUCGUGUGCGGUGUCCUGUACGCGAUCGAUUCCGUCACGGAGCGGAACACCAAGAUCCGGCUGGCGCUCGACCUCUACCACAGCAAGCUGCUGGACGUGAGCCUUGCCUUUACGAACCCAUUCCGCAAGACGACCACCGUGGGGUACAAUUUCAAAAACAAGGAACUGUACACAUGGGACCGGGGCAAUCAGUUGACCUACCCGAUACGGUACCACGAGAUAGGCUACAAUACGACCGCCACCGAGAAGGCGGACGACGGCUUGAACCCGCAGAUGCAGACCGGAUACGACAUUUACAACGAUCACGACGCCGAAACGGAGGAUGUACGCUAAUGCGGCCACUGUCGCCUGGGGAACGGGAGAAGGGAGAAAAGGACACAUGACACAUGACAGGUCGCUUCACUUUCGCUUAGGCUGCGGUUCCAUUCCCUUUUUGUACAGUUGUGGUGUUUUUUUUUAUGUGGUGGGUUUUUGAUUUUGUUUAGAAACACAAGGUUUUUCCCUCUUUUUCUUCGCAUCGUUGGGUAAAAUGCAAAUCUUUUGCCUAGUACAGUCCGGCAUCGUAGUUUGACAAACUUUUUCUUUGCCUCCCCCUUCGACUGGAGGACACAUUUAUAUGAUGGUGAAAUGUCCGGAUAUGGGUGGUGCGACGACAGAUAGAAUUUAUUCGAUCCCCCUCGCUCACCAUGUUUACAAGAGCGGGCGGAGAGGAAACGAAAGAAGAAUAGAAAAACAAGGGAACGACUAGGUGAAAAGGAAAAUGGUAGAAAUUGACGUGAACAUAUUUUGAAAUGUUGGUAUACAAAGCACAUACACAUAUAUACAGAUGAAGGGAGAGAAAGAAGGUAUCAAGUAAAAUCAACAACAAAAAAAAGAGACAACCAAAAAAGAACAGAUAAUCACUCCAAUGGAAAAGUGAAAAAGAGAAUUAGGACUUGAAGUUUUCUUACAACAAAAACAAAGCAAAAAACAAAACAAACAAACGCUAGGUAUUGUAAAGCAAAGGAAGGAGGAAGCAACAACAGGUGUAAAAUAAAUAAAAGUCUAAAUUCAGAA